AUGGCCAGAUGCCAAAGAGACUGCAUAGAGAGACCCCUGCGGAUCUGCUUUGAAAUGAUGGGUCAUUUUAUUGGAUCCCAUCCCUGGUGGUUCCUGAUCACCCCCCUUAUCGUCUCAACCAGCCUGGGGAGCGGCUUUUAUUUCCUCAAGGACAGAAUGUCUAAUAUAAUCGAAGAGCAGUUCACACCUGUCGAUGGACCAGCCAAGACGGAGAGGAAAUACAUGGAGGAAACUUUUCCAAGAAACGAUUCAGUGUUUUCAAGUGUGAGGCUGAGCACAGAUGGCGAUUAUGCUACUCUCAUAGCUACCAACGACACAAAUAUUCUCACUGUUGAGUGCCUUCAUGACGUCCUAAAUUUGGACUCUAAAAUUAGGAAUAUGUCUGUGCAGCUUGACAACCAGACGUUUAAAUAUGUGGACGUAUGUGCUGAGGUGUUUGGAUCCUGCUUCUCUAAUGAUAUUGUAGAUAUUACUGGAAACAAUGGCACCAGCAUAGACACCGUCAAUCUGACAUAUCCGUGGUAUAACACUGAUUUUAGGAGCAUUCCCUUGUAUUUAAGUCUGGGAAGUGUCAAACUGAAUCCAGAGAGUUCAGUUGUUGAAGGUGCUGAAGCCAUACAGCUCCGUUAUUAUUUAGUGGAGGACAACAAACCUAAAACUGACCUCUGGCUGGAAAACUUCAUAUAUUUGGUGUCAAAUGAAUCGUCAGCAUCGAUUCAGGUCUCAUACUCCACCUCAAUGUCAAUGCAGUGGGAAUUUGAGAAAUCUUCAACUUCCGUCAUCUAUUUAUUUUCCAUCACCUACGCUAUCUCCAUCGUAUUUUCACUUGUAACUUGUUGGAGGUUGGAUAAUGUGAGGACGAAGGUGUGGGUGGCGCUCUGUGGUGUUCUCUCCACAGGUCUAGCAGUCCUGAGUGGUUUUGGUGUGCUGCUGUUGCUGGGCCAACCUUUUGUUAUGACUGCUGCCUCCUGUCCGUUCAUGAUAUUAGGUAUUGGACUCGAUGACAUGUUCAUCAUGAUCUCCUGCUGGCAGAAGACGCGUGUUUUGGACAGCGUUCCCGACCGGCUUGCUGAAACUUACAGAGAAGCUGCCAUCUCCAUCACCGUCACCUCCCUGACCGACGCCCUGGCUCUCUUCCUGGGCUACAGCUCUCCGUUUGGCUCCGUCCAGUCCUUCUGCCUCUAUGCAGGAAUUUCAGUUUGCUUUUGCUAUUUAUACAGCAUCACUUUCCUGGGGGCGUGCAUGGCUUUGAACGGACAGAGGGAAGCAGAGAACAAGCACUGGCUCACCUGUGCUAAAAUACCAGAGGACCUGCCAUCCAUAAAGUCAAAGGCCUUCAGCGUGUGCUGCAUUGGGGGUCGCUACAAUCGAAUCACAGAAAAGGAAGAAACUGAGGCCUUGAGCUACUUUUUUGAGCGCUUCUACGGUCCGUUUCUGACCCACAAACUGACAAAAACAUGUGUAUUUGUUGUUUACAUGUGCUAUGUGGCUGUUAGCGUCUAUGGCAUCUUUACCUUAGAUGAAGGACUCGACAUCAAGAAUCUGGCCUUGGAUGAUUCCUACAUUAUCGGUUACUACAACCAUCAGAGGCAGCACUUCUCUGAAUACAGCUGCAAUGUGAUGGUGGCAGUCAAGCAGCCCUUCUCUUACGGGGAUGAAGACGAACAGAGGCGUCUGCAGUCAUGCAUUUCAAAUUUUGAAAGUUUGGAUUUUGUCAAUAGCACACUGGCUUGGUUCAUUUCGUAUAAAAACCAUGCCAACGCCUCUAACCUCAACAUAAGCUCUCAGGAAGCUUUCCAAGCACAUCUGCCUCAUUUCUUAGAACUCUACCCCAUGUUCAAAGAAGACAUCAGUCUGACUGAAGCCGACAACAUUCAGGCUUCUCGCUUUUUCAUUCAGACGCUGAACAAAACCACCAUGAAGGCUAUGAUGGUUGCACUCAGGAAGACAGCGGAGGAAUGCCCAGUGGAGCUUCUGGUGUACCACCCUGCUUUCAUCUAUUUUGACCAGUACACCAUCAUUGCAGACAACACCAUUCAAACCGUCCUGGUGGCUGUGACUGUGAUGCUUGUUGUCUCGCUCAUAUUGAUACCCAACCCUCUCUGCUCCAUAUGGGUGGCUUUCGCGGUCUGUUCGGUCAUGGUUGGCGUGACAGGAUUCAUGUCGCUGUGGGGGAUCAGUCUAGACUCUAUUUCUAUGAUCAACCUGGUCAUGUGUAUUGGCUUCUCGGUUGAUUUCUCAGCACACAUCUCGUACGCUUUUGUCUCAAGCGCCAAAACUGACGUCAAUGACAAGGCCAUGGAUGCCUUGGCCCAUUUGGGAUAUCCGAUCCUGCAAGGAGCACUGUCCACCGUUUUAGGUGUGGUGGUACUGUCCAUGUCUGGAAGCUACAUCUUCAGGACGUUCUUCAGGAUUGUGUUUCUUGUGAUUGUGUUUGGGAUACUCCAUGGCUUGGUGUUUAUUCCAGUCUUUCUGACGGUGUUUGGGGUUUGUGGGAAGUAAAGAGGAGAUGGAUGACCUAUGGGACUGUGUGUGCCACAGUCACACAACUCAAAUUUAGCCUAAUUUGCCUAAAUAAAGAAUAUAAAGCGUAGUCCUGCAACACUGCA